GAGCCAAAGUAGGCCAAGUAAUAAUUUGUGCGGCACUUGCUUAUUUAUUCCCCAUUUUCAUUCUCAAGCAAAGAGUUGUCACGUUCAACUCCGAAAUUAUUUUUUGUAUUCCCAUCAAAACCGACGAAACAAAAUGUCUAGGAACAACAGCGUUAUCAAGCGAUUUGAUAGGCCAAGUGGACACGAGACCGGUAGGACACUGAUGAAGAAAGCUACAGAGGAGACGCUGGUGAGACGCGGAGAUGUUGAAGACUCCUCACCUGAUACAAUUCUGCGCAUGCACCUCAGGAGGCUUAGUAGCGAGAACAGCCAUCGCAGGGGAGCGGAAGGGAUUGGAAUGGAUCGCGCCCUGUCUCCGAACAUGGCUACCGGCCAUAAGUCUCGCAAAUUGACCAAAGUGUGCAAAACUGGAAACCACUCGAGCACCAAGGACCGCAAUUCGGGUACCGCUCGUGUCAAGUACAGCAAGAAUUCCCAGUUACGCACCAAGAUCUGCUUAAGCUGUAUGCGAAAAAUGCUGUCCAAAAUCAAUACAACCUCUUGAUACUUGAAAUUUAA